ACUUGUUGCUUAUGUAUUACGGCGCAUGCGAUUCCUAUCGUGCAAUCGACGCAGUCGCAUUCUACGCUAUCAAGAACCAUGUUGCUGCAUUUUGUAAGAACACAGAAGUGCCCAGAAAUUUGUGCAAUGAAGUUGAUAACUUCGUAGUAAAGAACCAGAGAAAGAACGUCCAUUAGGUAUUUCAGAAUUACCGACGGCUAUUUGUGCUAAUUGCACAAGUUCUAGGUAGUUAACCUUCUUUAUUAACACCUUUACAGUGCUCUUGUGUUUUCCGAAGAGUUUGUAUAACACAUGUUAUGUGAGAAAAGGUGUCUCAAGAUGAACAACGAAAUAAAUUCAUUUGCUGAUUUAAAAUUAAACUCAUGGAUCGUAACACAGUGUGAAUCUAUUGGUUUGAAGAAACCCACUCAAAUUCAGGAGAAUUGUAUUCCACAAAUUUUAAGUGGAAAAGACUGUAUUGGUUGUGCUAAAACAGGAAGUGGUAAAACAUUAGCUUUCGCACUUCCUAUCUUACAGAAACUAUGUGAAGAUCCAUAUGGAAUAUUUGCUCUUAUAUUAACUCCUACGAGGGAGUUAGCAUUCCAGAUUGCUGAUCAGUUUGCAGUUAUUGGAAAAACAAUUAAUCUGAAGAAAUGUGUUAUUGUGGGAGGAAUGGAUAUGGUUACUCAAGCUCAAGAAUUAGCCAAACAUCCGCACAUUGUUGUUGCGACCCCUGGACGUCUUGCAGAUCAUCUUGAAAGUUGUGAUACAUUUUCACUUCAAAGAAUACAAUUUCUUGUGCUUGACGAAGCCGAUAGAUUACUUGGUGGACACUUUGAUGAACAAAUCAAGACAAUAUUUCAAGCCUUGCCAAAGAAAAAACAAUCUUUGCUUUUUAGUGCUACGAUAACGGACACUUUGGACAAAGUGAAAAGUGUUACAUCUAAUGAAGUUUUUGUAUGGGAAUCUAAAGAUGAUUCUGGUAUGGCAACAGUUAAGGAAUUAGAUCAGAGAUAUGUUUUAGCGCCUAGCGAUGUUCGUGAUGCCUUUCUAGUAGAAGUAAUUAAGAUGUUCCAAGAAACAAAUGAAAAUGGGUCGAUUAUGGUAUUCACAGAUACUUGCAAACAUUGUCAACUAUUGUCUGUGAUGCUAAAUGAAAUAAGUUUUACAAAUGUAGCACUGCAUGCUAUGAUAAAACAGAGAGAACGUCUGGCAGCAUUGAGCAAAUUCAAAUCAAACCAUGUUAAGAUUUUAAUUGCAACUGACGUUGCCGCCAGAGGUUUGGAUAUACCAUUAGUGGAAUUAGUAAUUAAUCAUACAAUUCCGAAUGUACCAAAAGAGUACAUCCAUAGAGUUGGUAGAACAGCGAGAGCUGGUAGAGGUGGAAUGGCUAUAAGUCUUAUCACUCCGCAUGAUAUAAAAUUACUUCAUGCUAUCGAAGAAACUAUUGGAACUAAACUGACAGAAUAUAAAGUGGAUGAUAAGGAAAUUGUCACAAUAUUUACACAAAUAUCAGUGACAAAACGCGAAGCCGAAAUAAAGCUGGACGAAACUGACUUCUACGAGAGAAAAAUGAUAAAUAAGAGAAAAAAGUUAAUUAUGGAAGGAAAGGAUCCUGAUGAAGAAGAAAAGGAAAUUCUAAAGAGGAGAAAAAAAUGUAAAAAACCUAAAAAGACAAAAAGUGCUAUGAAAGUGAGUUAAUCCUUGAUUCGUAAUUAUUAAAUUGGCAAUACUGAUAAUGCACGUAUGACAUAGUAAUAAUGAAUAUAAAUUACCAUGUAGUAUGAAGCAUUUUGUACAAUUUUGUAUGAUAAAUGUUUAAUAAUCUUGUUGGCUAUAACUCAUCAAUAAAUGUAAUAUUUGUCCAUA